GCAGAUCCUUAACAAGCAUCAAUGGCAGCAACAACAACAGCUUCAAUGGCCAUGCUCAAUGCCAAAUGCUUGAUCUUCAACCCUUCCAAACCAUCAUCCUUUAAACCCAUUUCCCUCCUUUCACUCCAAAACCUCCCUAAAGGAUUCACUACCUCCAAAGCUACCACUAACAAUUCUAAUAAUCUCUCAUCACCAUCACUAGCUGGAACUGCAAUUGCUGGUGCAAUCUUUUCCACUUUGAGUUCUUGUAAUCCAGCUUUAGCAGCUCAACAAAUUGCAGAGAUUGCAGAAGGUGACAAUCGUGGUCUUGCUCUGUUACUACCCAUAAUUCCUGCAAUUGCUUGGGUUCUCUUCAACAUCUUACAACCAGCUCUGAAUCAAAUUAAUAAGAUGAGAAGCUCCAAAGGAAUUAUUAUAGGACUUGGGCUUGGUGGUGGAUUAUUGGGUCUAUCAAGCUUCCUUUCUACUCCCAGUGCAUCUGCAAGUGAGGUAGCUAUGAUAUCUGAUGCCUCAAAUGAUAACAGAGGAUCACUUCUUUUGUUUGUGGUUGGACCGGCUAUCCUUUGGGUGCUUUACAACAUUCUUCAACCGGCUUUGAACCAGAUCAACAGGAUGAGGUCUCAGUAAUUAAGCAUCU